GUUCGGCCCCGCCCCCUUUUGGAACUCGGUCGUCCUUGUGGCUCGUUCGUUUCUAGUAAGUUGCGCGCUUGUUCUUGAGCGGAAGAUUCGUUCCUUGUUGUUACGUCGGGGCGCGCGGACGGGCUCGGCGGAAGAGGAAGCGGCGUCCCAGAAGAAGUUAAGCCCGGAGGGGGGAGGGGAUGGGGCGCGCGACGGCCGAGUGAGGAGAUGUUGGCGGAAGAAGCCCGGGGGGCUCCCGGAGGCGGCUGAGGCGGCUGCAGCCCGGCCGCCCUCUUCCCUCGCCCGGGUCUCCGCUCAGCUGCGGCUCAUGACAGCGAGUUCUUGGCGGGGCGGCCCAGGCAACCCCAGCGAGCCCGGCUGAGAAACAGAACAGCGCCUCUGACACCUCCGGAGCCCCGACAAAGUUUGCUGCGGGCGGGCAGCGGAGGAGGCGCUCGUGCGCUGGAGUAAAGUUAUUUUGUUUUCGUCAUGGUGGCUCCUUCCGAUUGAGACGAACGCGGGAGAUUACAUGGGGGACUCCAUCCUGGAUUAAGAGGAUCCAAAAUCCUGGAUUUUGGACCUCCCCCCACGCCUUACUACGAGUUCCAAUUCACUUUACUUGUUGUUUGUCCCCCUUACCCCCUUUUAUUGGAAGCUCUUGAGGUUUCUCAGCCUAGUUUGCAAGCUACUCCUUUCCUGGCGGUCGUAAUUACGAAGCUUUUUCCCUUCUCCACGGUGUUUGGUCAAAAAGGGCUGUUUGGGUCUGGGAACCCCCCGCCGCCCUUCCUCGGUGCUGCUGCUGCUGGAUCAAGCGUCUCCCUCCUGUCCUCGCCGGGGGUCUUCGAUCAGGUGCCUCCCCCCGCCCCCCUCCUCGCCGUGAGGGGGUGAGAUCUAUGCUUGAAGAGCAGCGAAGAGGCAGUCUUUGCCCCCCCCCCCCCCGGCGUCUUCUGCGGGCUCGGCCAUGUCGACGGCGAUCUCGGCCGCGGAGAAAGUGGACGGCUUCACGCGGCGGUCGGUGCGCAGGGCUCAGAAGCAGAAGCGGCCGCAGGGCUCCUCGCAGUUCCGCACGCAGAGCAGCCAAGCCGACCUCGCCCCGCUGCCCCAGCUCAAAGAUGCCACUUCAAAUGAUCAGCAAGACCUCUUUUGUCAGAAGCUGCAGCAGUGUUGCGUAUUGUUUGAUUUUUUGGACUCUGUGUCGGACUUGAGAAGCAAAGAAAUUAAAAGAGCAACGCUGAAUGAACUGGUGGAAUAUGUUUCAACAAAUCGUGGUGUGAUUGUUGAAUCAGCAUAUUGUGACAUAGUGAAAAUGAUUAGUUCUAAUAUCUUCAGAACUCUUCCACCAAGUGAAAAUCCAGAUUUUGAUCCAGAAGAAGAUGAACCAACGUUAGAAGCCUCCUGGCCUCAUAUACAGGUGGUAUAUGAAUUUUUCCUGAGAUUUUUAGAGAGUCCCGAUUUCCAGCCUAGCAUUGCAAAACGUCAUAUUGACCAGAAGUUUGUUCAGCAGCUGUUGGAGCUUUUUGAUAGUGAAGAUCCACGAGAGCGUGACUUCUUAAAAACUGUUCUUCAUCGAAUUUAUGGCAAAUUUCUUGGAUUAAGAGCGUUCAUCAGAAAACAAAUCAACAAUAUUUUCCUCAGGUUUAUAUAUGAAACAGAACAUUUCAAUGGUGUUGCUGAACUCCUUGAGAUACUAGGAAGCAUUAUCAAUGGGUUUGCAUUGCCCCUGAAAGCAGAGCACAAGCAGUUCCUUAUGAAGGUCCUUAUUCCUAUGCACACGGCAAAAGGAUUAGCUUUAUUUCAUGCACAGUUGGCCUAUUGUGUUGUUCAGUUCCUGGAGAAAGAUAUGACAUUGACGGAGCCGGUCAUCAGAGGACUUCUCAAAUUUUGGCCAAAAAUAUGCAGCCAGAAAGAGGUAAUGUUUUUAGGUGAAAUUGAAGAAAUCCUGGAUGUAAUAGAACCAACACAAUUUAAAAAAAUACAAGAGCCUCUCUUUAAACAGAUAGCCAAGUGUGUGUCAAGUUCACAUUUUCAGGUUGCAGAAAGAGCUUUAUACUUCUGGAAUAAUGAAUACAUUCUUGGUUUGAUUGAGGAGAACAUUGAUACAAUUCUGCCUAUUAUGUUUGGUAGUUUAUACAAGAUUUCCAAAGAACACUGGAAUCCGACCAUUGUAGCAUUAGUAUAUAAUGUGCUGAAAACUCUGAUGGAGAUGAAUGGAAAGCUAUUUGAUGAACUCACAAGCUCUUACAAAGCAGAGCGACAAAGAGAGAAGAAGAAGGAGCUCGACCGUGAAGAACUGUGGCGGAAACUGGAGGAACUAAAGCUAAAGAAAGCCCUGGCUGAGCAGAGUAGCCCACCCACGAUAAAUGCGCAAAUUGACAAAGUGCCAAUUGAAAAUGACUCCUUCACAUGUCCUUUUUUACAUAUGUAAAAUACAGAACAGAAACCUCAUCAGAAAUGGCCUAUUUUUUCCCUCUGGCAAAAUGUAAAUGAAAGUUUUUGAACAGAAAUACAAUAAUUGAAUGUGACAUUACACAGCAUAUUGUAAAUUUGUCUAAUCAUUGCUAUAUGAUCACUUCUGACUUUUCACAAAUGAAUUUUAUCAUUCAUGAUGUGUGUGAUUUUAAUGAUGGGAGUGGUGAAAAUUGACUUGAAUUUUUUUCUUUUUUAUUGUGUGUUGCACAUAGUAUAGAAGUCAGCUAUUUACAUUUUCCCCUUAUGUGCUUUUCGCAUUACUGCAGGUUUGGCUAAGAUUUCUAAAAAUGACUGCUAAUUGUGCUGUAUUUUCUCAAAUGAAAUUAAGGCUACAAUCUCACGCAUACUUGGGAGGAAGCCCUAUUGACUCCAGUUGGUCUCUUUUCUGAGUAAACACACGUAGGAGUGGGGUGCAGGGUAUAUUUUAUUUGGAAGAAAUGAUCUUCUGUGUGUUACAUUACCACAAAUGUCAAAGCUACCACUGCACAAAGCAUUCCAGACAGCAAAGAUCUGUAGAGGUGAAAGGAAGAUUUUUAAUAGAACGCAAGUUAAAAAUACAAUGCCACGCAUGUACCUUCUGACUGGAUAGAGAGGAGGCAGCUUCUCUGGAUAUUCUACUACCAUACCACUUGGUCUUCACAUCUCUGCCUUUAGUCAGGCAUUCACCCGCUGUGAUUCCUGUUUUACAACUGAGGGUGGCAUUUCCUUUUAAGCAUAUCACUGAAGCUCCUAGUGGCCUCGGAGUUCUUAUACAACACAGGAGCUCUGUUUUGAGCUGGCUCUGCAAGGUAGAGGUUUGGGUUCUGCAAUUCCUAUGCAAGAAUGAAAUGUCUGUCUGACAAAAUAAUUCCUUGUUUUGUUUAAUGAAAAUACAAUGCUCUUUUUUGGGUUGGGGAAAGCUGACUUUACAAGUCUUUUGUCUGUUUUUAAUUGAUCAGGAGGGGAAAAUUUUUUUGCAGAUCUUUCUAUCAGUACCAUUCCAAUCUCCUUAAAUUGCAGUUGUGUGGAAAACAGUUUUGUAUUGAGAGAUUGAGCAGCAUUCAAUAAAGUCUUUAUGUUUGUAA